AUGUUCAGUGGUCGGAUACGUGAAUGUAUUUCCGUGCAUGUCGGCCAGGCGGGUGUCCAGAUUGGGAACGCCUGCUGGGAGCUGUACUGUCUCGAGCAUGGAAUACAACCGGACGGUCAGAUGCCCUCGGACAAAACCAUCGGCGGUGGAGAUGAUGCUUUCAACACCUUCUUCAUGGAAACGGGAGCAGGAAAACACGUACCACGGGCCGUGUUCGUCGAUCUGGAACCAACCGUGGUCGAUGAGGUCCGCACCGGAACCUACCGGCAGCUGUUCCAUCCGGAACAAUUGAUCACUGGAAAAGAAGACGCAGCGAACAAUUAUGCUCGUGGUCAUUACACCAUCGGAAAGGAAAUUGUCGAUGUUGUGCUGGAUCGUGUUCGCAAACUGGCCGAUCAAUGCAGUGGACUGCAGGGUUUCUUGAUCUUCCACUCGUUUGGAGGAGGAACCGGAUCAGGUUUUACUUCUUUGUUGAUGGAACGUCUGUCGGUUGACUACGGCAAGAAGUCAAAACUUGAAUUCGCUAUCUAUCCGGCUCCGCAAGUCUCGACAGCCGUUGUUGAACCGUACAACUCUAUCCUGACCACGCACACAACACUUGAACAUUCCGAUUGCGCUUUUAUGGUCGACAACGAAGCUCUGUAUGACAUAUGCCGACGUAACUUGGAUAUUGAGCGACCAACCUAUACCAAUCUGAAUCGAUUGAUCAGCCAGGUCGUAUCGUCCAUCACCGCUUCGCUGCGGUUCGACGGAGCUCUGAAUGUCGAUCUGACAGAGUUCCAAACUAACCUGGUACCGUAUCCGCGCAUCCAUUUCCCUCUGGUAACCUACGCUCCCAUUAUUUCGGCUGAGAAAGCCUACCACGAGCAGCUGUCUGUGGCUGACAUCACUAAAGCAUGUUUCGAACCAGCCAACCAGAUGGUCAAAUGUGAUCCACGGCACGGCAAGUAUAUGGCCUGUUGCAUGUUGUACCGUGGUGACGUUGUCCCGAAGGAUGUCAAUGCGGCAAUCGUUGCCAUCAAAACAAAGCGUACGAUCCAAUUCGUUGACUGGUGUCCGACUGGUUUCAAGGUUGGUAUCAACUAUCAGCCACCGACGGUUGUUCCUGGUGGUGAUCUAGCCAAGGUUCAGCGCGCAGUGUGCAUGUUGUCGAAUACCACGGCCAUUGCCGAAGCCUGGGCCCGUUUGGAUCACAAGUUUGAUCUGAUGUACGCUAAGCGUGCGUUCGUCCACUGGUACGUCGGCGAGGGUAUGGAGGAAGGUGAAUUCUCCGAAGCCCGUGAAGAUUUGGCUGCCCUCGAGAAGGACUACGAAGAGGUUGGUAUGGAUUCCGGCGAUGGCGAGGAAGAGGAAGCCGAAGAAUACUAG